AUGAAUGUAUUCACUCUCUUCCUCAUCACCUUCACAUGUGGUUUUCUACAAAAUGUAGUUUCAAAUGCAAAUCCUCUCUCAUAUGAAGCUUUCUUUAACUUUGGUGAUUCUAUAAGUGACACUGGGAAUGCUGCUUCUAUCUUGCUACCUAUGCCUAACCCUAUUCCUUAUGGUUCUAGUUACUUUAAACAUCCUUCAGGACGUAUGUCAAAUGGACGACUAAUCAUAGAUUUUAUUGCCGAGGCAUAUGGGUUGCCGUUUUUGCCUGCCUAUGAGAAUAAAAGCAUAGACCAAGAUAUCAAAAAAGGAGUAAAUUUUGCAUUUGCUGGUGCCACUGUACUCGAUGUUGAGUAUUAUGUCAAAAAUGGGCUUCCUCUUCCAGAUACAAAUAACUCAUUGAGCAUUCAACUUGGAUGGUUCAAGAAUAUCAAACCCCUCCUCUGUAAAAGCAAAGAAGAUUGCAAUAUCUACUUCAAGAAAUCAUUGUUUAUAGUUGGAGAAAUUGGUGGCAACGAUAUUAUGAAGCAUAUGAAGAAUAAAACUGUUACAGAACUUCGAGAAAUAGUUCCCUUUAUGGUUGAAGCCAUUACUAACACCACAAAUGUGCUAGUCGAAGAAGGAGCUGUAGAGCUAGUGGUACCUGGGAAUUUUCCGAUGGGAUGCAGUGCUGGAAUGUUAACAUUGGUGAAUAGUAAUAAGAAAGAAGACUAUGAUGAAUUUGGGUGCUUAAUAGCUUACAAUAAUUUAGUCGAGUACUUUAAUGGGCAACUAAAAAAUUCUAUAGAGACACUAAGACAGAAGCACCCUGAAGUUAAGAUAAUAUACUUUGACUACUAUAAUGAUGCCAAACGUUUAUAUCAAACACCGCAACAAUAUGGUUUUGAUAAGGAUGCUAUUUUCAAAGCAUGUUGUGGAGGAUGUGGAUCACUUGUCGCUAUAGUUUGCUCUGAUCCUUCAAAGCGUAUAAAUUGGGACGGACCUCACUUUACUGAAGCAGCUUAUAAGCUAAUAGCAAAAGGGCUAGUUGAGGGUCCAUUUUCAAAUCCUUCUCUUAAAUCCCCUCUUUUCAAAAUAGCUUAG